AUGGUUACAGCCGUGAGGCCCCAGCCAACCCAUGAUGACCCUCAGUCCUCAAGGUUGCCUGAGGUUGAAACGGAAGUCCUCAUAGUGGGGGCUGGCGUAGCUGGGCUAUCAUUCGCAGCUAUGUUGGCAGCACUAGAUAUCAAAGUGUUCGCUAUUGCAAAGCACAGCGGCACUGCCCCUGCUCCUCGUGCACAUGUAACCAAUCAGCGCACAAUGGAAGUCUUCCGUGAUAUGGGCAUCGAGGAGCGCAUCCAGGGCGCAGGAACCUGUAUGCCUGAAAUCGGCAGCAUGGUCAUGGCUACUAGUCUCACAGGCAUGGAAAUCGGACGUUACAGCUGCUACGGUGGAGGCGACCAUCAGCUGACCGAUUUCGCAAAGGCGAGUCCAAGCAAGAUGUGGAACACGGCUCAGAAUAACAUGGAACCUAUUCUGUUGCACAGAGCACGAGAGAAGGGGGCCGACAUACGCUUCUAUCACGAAUUGAUAGACAUUCAGCAGUCGGAUGAAGGCAUCGUCGCCCGAGUGCGAGAACGGACCAGUCAAGGAGAAUAUCUCGUCCGUGCUCGUUAUGCUGUUGCUGCAGACGGAGCGAGAUCGACAGUGGCCCAGAAACUUGGAUUUGGUUUUAUCGGUGAACCUGGACUUAUGCAUAUGAUAAGCUCAUGGGUUGAGAUGGAUCUGGCCCAGUAUGUUGCUCACCGUCCGGCUUGCAUCUAUUUGAUGCUGCAGCCAGGCGAUGCUUACUGGGUAGGUUCUGGAACCUGUAUUCUUAAGAAGCCAUGGGAUGAGUGGGUUGUCAAUCGGCAGUACAACGCAGCAGACGGGGAGCCUGACAUGAGCGAUGAGGCUAUCAUUGCUCACGCCCGUAGCGCCUUGGCAAUCCCUGACUCUCUACCCAUCCGAGUCAAGCACAAGGGAAAGUGGCAAGUGAACCACGUUGUGGCGACCGAGUACCGAAAAGGGCGUGUUUUCCUCGCUGGAGAUGCAGCUCACCGUCACCCUCCUGCCAGUGGACUGGGGAGCAAUACCUGUGUGCAGGAUGCAUACAACCUCUCUUGGAAACUCGCCGCCGUCAUCAAGGGGCAAGCUGGUGAGGGCAUACUGGAGAGUUACAAUCAAGAAAGGCAGCCGAUAGGGAAACAGAUCGUUGACCACGCUAUCGAAACCCUUCACGACAUGGCUGCUCUUCCCGGCGCUUUGGGCUUUGAGCGAGGACAGUCCCGAGACGAGGGCUUUGCGAAGCUAAACGAACUCUUCUCUGACGCCGACGGUGCCGCUGAUCGCCGUGAGACGUUGAGGAAGACGAUAGACCGUGGCAAUCGCCGGUCUAAUCCUCUUGGAGUUCAUCUUGGCCAACGUUAUGACAACUCGGUCGCAAUUGUUGAUGAUGGAACUCCUUACCCUGAAUAUGAGCGCGAUCCAGUUCUGUUCUAUCACCCCACAACACAUCCCGGCGCCCACAUACCGCAUGCUUGGAUAGAGCUUAACAAGAAGCGUAUUUCAGUCCUCGAUGUCUUUGAGCACGGCAGUUUUGGUCUUGUUGUUGGUAUUGGUGGAGAGCCCUGGAAGGAGGCUGCAACUAUUGUUAGCCAAGAGCUUGGAGUCAAGUUACCUGUGUACUUUGUCGGUCAGUGCUGUACUUAUAGCGAUGUCUUGGGUGAGUGGACAAGCAGACGUGAGGUCAGUGACCGUGGUGCUCUUCUCGUUCGUCCCGAUCGUCAUAUCGGCUGGAGAUCAUUUGAUCGCCCUCAAGACCCCACGGCAGUCUUGAGGUCGGCUCUGCAGCAGGUUCUUUCACGCAAGUAG